CGGCCGAUAAGAUAAUCGAUAUUUAUCAAUUAAUUUAAAAGUUGCCAUCUUGUUGAUAAAAAGGUGAUGCCACCAGUUGCCCGGGCAACGAACAAAUCAAAACAAAUAUUAUUCUUUAUACCGCAAAAAGCAAUAUGUCCAAUAAACCAACAAUUUGUUUUGAUAUUUCUAAAAAUGAACGUUUUCAAAUUACUGAUAAUUAUAAAAUGAUUCAUCGCAAGCUGAAAAUCAACUGGAAUGUUGAACAAAGCGAUUCGGAGCUUAAAAAGGAACGCUUAUCUCGAGUCAAGAUAUUUGUCUUAGCCGGACCCCAGGAUCGUUUCACCGAGGAUGAAUUCGAGGUUCUCAAACACUAUAUUGAAGUGGAAGGUGGAAGCAUGUUGGUCCUCUUGGGCGAAGGUGGCGAGCAGGAGUUCAAUACGAAUGUGAAUUUUUUUCUCGAACAAUAUGGCAUUUAUAUCAACAAUGACAAUGUAGUUCGACCACAUUACUAUAAAAAUUUCCAUCCCAAGGAAUGUAUUGUGGGUGGCGGUGUAGUAUGCGAGUCCAUGUGGCGUCACUUGAUCAAAUUAGACAUCGAGAAGGUCGACUACGAUUUCAGUGAUGAGAAGUAUAAGAUUCAUUAUCAGUAUCCUUAUGGUGCCACAUUGAAUGUCUCGGAACCGGCCAAUGUAUUAUUAACCACUGGACCAGUGGUUUAUCCAUUUAAUCGUCCUCUGGCCGGUUAUUACACCAAUGGCAAGGGUGGCAAAAUUUUAGCUUUAGGUUCGGGUUAUAUUUGGCAUGACAAAUAUUUACAGGAUAAAACAAAUGAUGCCAUUUUGGAGUAUAUGCUGCAAUUGCUCGGUGGCGAUAUAACAUAUACACAUUUGGAUUUUAAUGAUGUGGAGCUAAGCGAUAACAAACACUUUACGGAUCUUGCUUUCUUGGCCGAUAUGCCAAAGGCCUGCCUAAUCGAUUCCAUUUGCACCGAAAUGCCAGCAGAUUUUAAGCAAAUGUUUGACAUGACUUUAUGUUCGUUGAGUAAUCGACUGCUGAAAGAAGUUAUUGACACUUACGAACACUUGCAUGUUAAAUACGAGCCUUUAAGAAUCAUAAAACCACAAUUUGAAAUACCUUUGCCCACUCUACAGUUGGCCACAUUUCCUCCGAUUUUUAGUGAGCCACCUGCACCGCCAUUGGAACUCUACGAUUUGGAUGAAACCUUUAGUCCGGCACGCUCUCAAUUGGCCCAUAUGACCGGACAAUGUCUACAAGCCCUACAGACUAAGGAACCAUCACGACGUGCGCUCAAUCAACGUGAGCUGGAGAAUUACAUAAAGGAGUGUGCUAGGAUUACGGCCAUUGUGACAGAAGAGCAAGAUAUGCCAGCUCGUGAAAUCCUCAAUAUUGUGGCACGUCAGAUUAUGAGCUAUAAGCCAUAUGCCGACUAGGACAACCAAAACACAAAAAAAAACACAUGGAUCCAGUUACUUGAAAACUGAAUUCCUUUAAUCAGCAUAAAACAAACCAAAAAAAAAAAGAGAAAACAAAAAAACAAUUUUAA